CUGGCCACUCACCACAAACCAAGGCAGUCUGCACUCGAGCUCUGCGGGAGAUGGGUGCUGGCAGGCGCCUUCUGCUCCGUCUGGGUCUCCUUCGAUGUGAUGUGCUGCAGCGCCUCCAUCCUCAACCUGUGCAUCAGCAGCCUGGACCGUUACCUGCUCAUCACCUCUCCGCUCAAAUACAAGCUCUGCAUGCGCCCGGGCCACGCCGUGAUGCUCAUCCUCGCCACCUGGACCCUGGCGGCGCUCGCCUCCUUCCUGCCCAUCGAGAUGGGCUGGCACGAACUGGACUUCGAGAUCCAGGCGCCGAACGGGACCGACCCCUCGCCCGCGCCCCACCAGCCUCCCUCAGCCCCGGAGGACGAGGAGCAGUGCCGGCUGCUGGUCAGCCUCCCCUACGCGCUCAUUGCAUCCAGUCUGACUUUCUUCCUGCCUUCCAUCGCCAUUUCAUUCACCUACUGCCGGAUACUGCGGGCCGCCCGGAAGCAGGCGGUGCAGGUGGCCUCCCUCACUACUAACGUGGCGUCCACCUCUGACGCGCCCGUGCAGGUCCCAAGGCCGGCACCCCAGUGCGCUGCAGGGACGAGUGAGAGCCGCAAGCUGGCCAGCAAGCACAGCAGGAAGGCGCUGAAGGCCAGCCUGACGCUUGGCAUCCUGCUGGGCAUGUUCUUCGUGGCGUGGCUGCCUUUCUUCAUGGCAAACAUGGUACAGGCAGUGUGUGAUUGCAUCUCUGGCAGGCUGUUUGAUGUUCUCACCUGGCUGGGUUACUGUAACAGCACCAUGAACCCGAUCAUCUACCCGCUGUUCAUGCGUGAUUUCAAGAGGGCCAUGGCUCGGUACCUGCCCUGCUGCCCCCGGGCCUGGGAGCGCCGGCCCAGCCUGGUCUCUCUCUCUCUGCGCAAUUCCCACAGCGCCCACCAGGUGGGGCUGUCCCUGAAGAACAUGGUGACCCUGCCGGGCGAGAUCGAGUCUCUGACCUCCGACCCCUGCGACCCCACCGUGCCCCUGCCCGGCAACAAGGACUUCCCGGCAACUGGCGCCGACUCCGUCAAUCUGUUCGACGUGGAGCAUGCUGGGAAUGAGCUGCUGCCCAACCAGCUCCACACAGCCUUGGACUGAACCACCCGGGGGGCGGGGGUUAGUGAACACAGCUAGCCUUGGACUGGGAAAAUGAAAAAACCCUGUUGUCUUUCACAAAAUGAAUAUAAUAAACUUUAUUUAAUAACA